CUACUACAAUAAUAGAUAAAUAUCACACUAAGGAGGUUUAUAAAGAUCACAGUUAUCAGUGAAAGUGUGAUAAAAAGUUGUAGACUAACUUUUUAAUCUCAGUUUAAAUCAAAAGCUGAGAUAAAAAGUGGUGCUUAGCCAGGGAAAGGAGCAAGAUAAUAGAUCUCACUCUUGCGACGAGAUAAAUUGAAAAAGACCUCACCCUUACAGUGUGAUAGAAGACUUUAAGACCUCACUCUUGCGGUGAGAUAAAAAAAAAAAGACCUCACCCUUGCGGCGUGAUAAAAAACUUUGGCACAAAAAAGAGCGAGAUAAAAGAUCUCGCUUUUGUGGUGUGAUAAAAGACGGUGAUAAAAACCGGAAUUUUUGCGUGGGCACUGCUUCUCUCAUUUAGGCGCGAAUUGAAAAGUUACGUGCUCAAAACGACGUCAUUUCACAUUAGCCCAAAAUAAGCCCUAGUUACCCUCUCCACUCACCCAUUGAAGCUCAGUACUCAUUCUCCUGGCCUCUACAGUACACGUUUCAUCUCCAUCCCCAUUCUCACCCGCCGCCGCCUCUUCGCCCCCAUCCUCACUCGCUGCCGCCGCCUUAUCUCUCUCCACCACCACUGUGAAGAAGAAACGGCGCACUCCCUCUCGCGAGUUUGUUAUCAGAGAGAGAGAGAGAGAGAGAGAGAGCGAUCUUCAAAUGGAGAAGUCGAUCAAUCGAAAUGGAAAAUUCCUAAACCCAACAGAGACUGUGAACUACAGAAUUGUGCAUCAGUCAGCAAAUUGAUUGUCGCCAAAGAGCUCCUUUCACUCCAAAGACCUUGGAUGGAUUCUGAUGAUAACCAUCCUAGUAAUGAGGACAAUACUACACCGUCCUCGACAGACCCGAAAUGCAAGAAAAGAAAGGGUCGAGGUGCAACAAGACUACCAUAUGUCAUAAAAGAUAGAAGUUCAGGCAUGCGAAAAGUCAUUAAAUAUGACCACAUGGGUCGGCCAACAGGGACUAAUAGAGCAAAGUUCGCGAGUUAUCUUGGAGUCCUAGCUCGCACUAUGAUCCCGCUAUCUCACAUAUUGGUCUGAAGUGACGGACGAUGUAAAAGAAAGACUGUGGGAAACUGUAUCGGCGACAUUCGAUGUGGACCUAAGGAGUAAAAAAGGCGUUUUAUCUUCUAUCGCAACGUGUUUAAGGACAUUUAGGAAAUAUCUGACCAAGCAUAUAUGCUAACAAAUCAAAUCCUAUCAUUCUCUCAAAACCACCAGAAGCUUAUAGUUUUCUAGAGCAACAAGAAUGGGAUUCAUUUGUCAAACGAAGACUUACCAAAGAAUUUGAGGAGUUUCGUGGAGUGCAACAAAGUAGACGAAAAUGCAACUUAUAUGACCAUAGACUUAGCCGAAAGGGUUACUCUGGGCUUGAAGAAGAAAUUGCUAAUAAAUCUGAAGAGGUGGUUAUGAGUGUGGAUAGGAGUAUUUCGUGGAAAAAGUCUCGCCAAAAUAAAAAUGGAGAGUAUGGUGAUAUCAAAACUAAGGAAAAAGCUGUGGAAAUUGAUGAGAUAGCCAAACAGGUAGAAGAUGGGACAUUACAGACUCAAGGAAGUAAUGACAUCCUAACCAUGGCAUUAGGUGGUACUGAACGUGGUUGCGUAAGAGGUGUAGGAGGAAAGGUCACUCCAACCAUGUACUUCCACAUGCCUAGACGUGGAAAUCAUUCACGCUGUGAGGAGAAGCAAAAGAACCUGUUGCAAAUUGUUUCUCAAAUGCAAGUUCAGCUUGAUGCAAUAGCACAACACAUGCCUCACACACCAAAAUCUGAUAAUAUUGGUUCAAACUCUUUUAGAAGUGACAAUCUCGGAAGUCCCACAAGUUAAUAAUUUUGCAAUGGACAAUUGGGGGAGAACCAAGGAGGACAUGUCACCUCCAAACCCCACACCAAAAGUCAAGAAGGGCAAGCAAUGUAAACUGGCAGUAGGAUCCAUCAAUAACAUUGUUGCUCUUGGCACGGCGUAUGAGAAAGCGGUACCAAAUGAAGAAGUUCAUAUGGUACCGCUAGAGAAGAGCAAUCUGCGCGUGUCAAUUGAUGUUAAAGUAGGAGAGGCCUUUCUUCCUAUACCUAUCCCUGAAGGGCUGCAUUCUGUAGGGGCGGCUACUGUAGGAGAGGCGGUUGGGUUUCAUGUAGCAUGGCCCAAAAGCCUUAUAUUGUUUGCCCCUGAGGUUGGUUCGAAAAAACCUGGCAUGUUUGGAGAUGAGGCGACACCAAAAAACCAAGAUUGUAGAAAUAAUUUGGAGUUACCAAACAUCAAUAAGAGCCAGCAAUGUAGACUAGCAGUGGGAUCAGUCAAUAACAUUGUUGCUCUUGGUACGAUGUUUUGGAAGAGUGGACCGAAUGAACUUCUUCAUACAGUACCACUAGGUGAGGACCAUAUGCGCGUGUCAAUUGAUGUUGUGAAGGUAAAUGAUGCCCUUCUUCCUAUACCUAUCUCCGAAGAGGUGGCUACUGUAGGAGAUGCGAUUGGUUGGUUUGUAGCUUGGCCCAAAGACGUUAUAUUUUUUGCCCCUGAGGUUGCUUCAAAAAAACCUAGCAUGAUUGGGAAUGAGGUUGUUUAUAAAAAACCUCGCAUGACUGGAAAUAAGAAUGCUUUGAAACAUCAUGGAGUGGUUGGUCGUAAAGUGGUCGGCGAUGAGGUGACUUCAAAAAAUGUGGAGUGGGAAAGUAAUUUGGAAUGCAUUGAGAUAUUUACCACAUUGACCAAGCACACCGAUAAGAUGGAAGCUUUUCAAAUUCCUAUAGAUGAUGACAUAUUUGGUGCGGAGGUUUAUGCUCAACUGCAAAAAGUUGACAUGGAGUACAUAUGUCAUAUGAAAGAAGUAUCUGCUACAUGCAUAAUGUUAUACAUAUGGCAACUCUAUUCGGGUAUCAAGGUUUCCAAUAUGGAUACAAGAUUUGCAUUUGUUACCCCUUGCUCACUUAGUGAAAAUUAUAAGACUAGUGAAGCUUCAAAGCUCGGAAUGCUUGCAAGUCGACUUGAAGAUGUCAAGAAUGACCAAUUGCUUUUGGUUCCUUGUAAUAUUGGGGUCCAUUGGGUAUUGUGCGUCAUUGAUUUGUCUUCUUCAACAGUGUACUACAUGGAUUCAAUUAAUAAGGAAGUCCACUCACCCCUUAAACUCUUGAUUAAGACAUAAGUUUUUGGACUUUGAGCAUUAUUGUUUGAGCUCUUUUCCUAAUCAUAUUAUGUUGAUAGUACUUACAAGUAUUCCCUCCUUGAAGUGCAUUCAAAAUCUAUGACAGCAGUAAGGGAGUACGGAGUAGUCGAAUUAUUAAUUGGAAAACAGUCGAGGUAUCAAUGCAAUCUCUCUCUUUUUGGGUUUUUUUGGAAUUGUUUUUAUGUUUUUUCUGAUUGAAAUUAUCGUAUUUGUCUAUAGUGUCUGAAACAACCUACAAACGUAGAAUGUGGGUUCUAUGUAAUGAAAUACAUGAAAGAUUUGAUUAGAGAUGAGAGGAUCUUAAGCAGAGGAAAUGUAAGACUUAUUUUUAACUUGUAUUUCUUUAUAUUGCUUUAUGAAUAGAACUAUUAACUUGUAAGUAUUUUUUUUUCAAUCCAUUGCAGUUUAAUGGAAAAAAAACUUACACGAAAGCCGAAAUUGAUGAAGUGCGAGACGAGUGGAUAAAGUCCGUCAUGAACGAAAUAUAAUCAGCUUAUAUGUGUAAGUUAGGUCUUCAUUUAUUUGAGUUUACCGUGUGCUUGCUCUGCUAUCCAGUUCUGAAUUGUGACUAUUUGUGAUGGCUAUUGUUCCUAUCUGCUGUUUUUCUAUGGAUUCUGUUCUGCUACUGCUUCGGUUGUGGCACUAGUACGCUUAAGCUUAAGCGACUGUUGCUGUUGUUGUCAUAGCUUUUGUUGCUGUCUACUGAACAAUGGCUCCCGAUAGCUACUGCUACUGUUUUAGUUGCAUGCAAUCUGCAUGUGGCUUCUGGUAUAUGCUAGAAUACUUAAUGAGUUCUACAUCUGUUUUGUUGCUGAUGUUUCUAUUGUGGUCAUCAUGGCAAUAGUUAGCUGCUGCUGUAACGUUCUGUUUGGUGCUGAUCAGUAUUGAAAUGUUCUGGUAUAUGUUAGUAUAACUGGACCUGUUGUUGCAUUUGACCAUGUGGGAUGCUAAUAGCUAUAGGAAAAUGAGUGAGACUAAUUACCUGUUAUGGGAAAUUGAAUUGUAUCAUACGCAUUACCUAUAGUUGUCUUUGUUCCACCUUAUUUUCUUGUAGCAUUUUUAAGAACCCUGACCUCAUCUGAUAAGGUGUUGAGUCUUACAUCAGAAGUUUACAUGGAAGAUAUAUCUUGGGUUUAAAGUAGGAGCAAAGAUCGUGAUUUUGGGGUGGGGGUUGGAGUUUGUAACAACCGUAUCUGUUUUGGAGUGUCUGGUCGCUUGGAAGCAUGCACUUUGGAUUUUGGGUAUAUAAGUAAAUUUUUUAACCUUCAGCUGUUGCCAUUGUAUGAAUUCUCCGGGUAGAUGUCAUUAUGUAUUGCACCUAUUAGAGGGGAUGCUAGUUAAGCUUGAUAAUUCAGAUCGUUAGUUCUGUUUGUGGCUGUAAUCAGUCAGUUGGGAGUUGGUUAGAGAAUGGGUAUAUGGACAGCUUUAUUUAUAUGAGGUGAUAACUAAUAAAUUGAGUUAUUGAUCUAUUGGGAAUUCAGUUGAUAAAAUUUUUUCCUUUAGGUACUGUGUGUGUGUCUGUGUGUAGGAAUCCAUUCACCUGUUGCUUUUGUACAACAGAGAUGUCAUUCUGGAUUUAGCUGUUGCCAUUACCUAGGCAAUGUUACUUGGGACAAAUUUGAUCACAUUUGUGUUCUAAAUUUCGAGGGUAGGUUUUG